CGGGCGCAGCGGCGGGCGCGGGCGGGGCGCUGCCGCCGCCUCCCCAACGGCCGCUUCCACCAGCGCGGCCCGCGGCGGCGGCCGCCAUGGGGCUCUGCCUGCCCUGCAUGGGCGGCGCCGUCAAGGACGUGGUGGAGACGCCCGACCCGGAAAUAAAAAGAAGACAGCUAGCAGAAGCUGCUGAAAAGAGACAGAUGGAGGCUUCCUCUCGUGGUAUUAAGAAUGCUUAUUCUGUAGAGCAAAAGAAAAAGAAGCAAGAAGAAAUAGAAAAAAGAAUGGCAGCUUCAGGUUCUGGAGGAGGAGGAGGACUGAGAUGGCAGGUCGGGUAAAGAGCAUGACUUCUGAAGAGGAUUGAUGUUUACUGCCAAUAACUUGCCAAUUUCUGCAGCUGAGCGGCACUUAUUCACAUGGCUUUUGCUGUUUGCGUACGAAGACUCAGCAGUACAUUGCCAUUGCAGGAAGGCAGAUGGUGGAAACGUAUACUAAGAAGAUGAAGGACUGAAGCCUCUGAACAUAGAGUUUUGGCCAAUUUUUGUUUUUUAUUAUACCUGCAUGUUUUAUUGUGUCCUUGGCAAGGGAGCAAGAUGAGCAUUCUCACACAUAAAUGACCUCCCACGUCAGUCUGUGUAUGCUGUCUUGUCAGUUCUUGUAUGUCUGGCUGUAUGUAACCAGCUUAGGCAUGGUUCAAGUGACCACUUGUUUUUGACAUUUAUUUCAAGCUGUGCAGUUAAAAGUUGUCUCUAAGUCCUCAUAAAGAAAGUUGUUCCUAACUAUGUAUUCAGAUAUAUGGAUGACAGCAUUUUCUUCCAUUCCCUAAUGAUUUUUGGACUGCUAUGGAUUUAGUGCCUUUUUUAAAAAGAUUGAUGAUGGCCGUUAGAAAUGGAAGCAUUUUGUGACACUUCAAUAAGAGUAGCAUCCUUUAUAAACCCUGUAUACUUAUCCUGAGAAAACUGCUUUACUGAGUUUAACUGUUGUUCCCAUCUUCAGAUGUGAAUUUCUUUUGAGCCUCUAAGUAUUUAUAGUGUAUACUGGAAGUUAAACACAAGAUUAAAAAUACUCUUUAUUAAUUGUUCUACUUUGUAACACAGGAGGGCAGUGCUGCACUCCUGAGGAUUUUUUUGGGGGGGGGGAGGGGGGGAAGAGCAAAAGACCUAUUACAUCAUCUCUUGGAUGGUUGAUUUCCUAAAGUUCUGUACUAUCUGAGUGGGUUUGUUACAGUGCAGUAAUAUUUGCCAAAUGCCAGAAGCUCUGUCACUUUUUUCUAUGUCCAGGAAUGUUCCAUAAUCCUUUUCCCAAAUGUGAAACUGCCUUUGAUUAUUUACAGCUACCUAAACUAUGGUGUUAUAACCAGACUUCCAAACCAGUGACCUCAAGCUGCUGCUUUAAUAGAUGAAAAAAUUGUUGCAGCAUGAUCAGCACUAGGAAACUGUCUCUUAUCUCCCUGGAGGGCAUUAUGUUUGACCUUAGUACGUCACCGACCCCCUUCUUGACCUAGUUUGGGCUUUAGAAGCCUUUUUAAUUUAAGGGGGGAGGGGGAAGGGGGAAAUGUUCUUUUACCUCCCCAGACAGGGUCUCACACUAUGUUAGGAGCCCAGUCUUGACAAAACUAGUUUCCUGGCCUGGCAUUCAUAAUUCAGUUAAGAGAGACUUUUCAAUAUUAAUUAUAUAAUAGUGUUAGGGCUAAAAAAUUGUGGCCUUGGCAGUUGAUGAGUACCUCCUGUUUCACUUGAUUGUUGAUACUUGUUCUCUUCACUGUAUUAAUUGGUCUAAGUGAGUUCUUGAAUCUAAUGAAAAUACAUUAAAAUGUAAUAAAAACGUACUAAAUGUUA